AAACAUCAAAGAUUAGGAGCAAUGGCAAAAAUCAUCUUCAACCACAACUCCUCCUCCUCCUGCUCCACCAACGUCGGCCAACGUCGGCCAACUUCGACCGCAAGCUCUUCAACUCUGCCUGCCCUCGACUAUUCGUACCCUGCUCUCCAACAAUUGCAUCGAUCUAGCCCGGCUGCUAGAGUUACAUGACACUGGCACCAUACCAUACCGUCAUAGCCCCCACGGUGCAAGUCUCUCCCCUCGCCAUCAUCACUGCGAUGCUAUUCCCCUAAAUAUAACCACGACCAACCGUCUCACCUCAUACUAACCAAACAAAAAGAGGAGACACCGCCUGCCAGCUUCAAACCGCCUAGCCAGACCCCAUCAUGACCCUCCAAUCUUGAUUUCCUGUCACGAUUCUAGGGGGACAAAGCGGCCCAGGAGUCUUCCCAUUUCCCAAACCAAACCCUCAAGGGAAUGAAGGGGGGUGUGCUCGUUCACUAAAUGUACCUGUGCCUGUGCCUGCACUGCACCUCCGUCUACCCUCGCCAUGCCCCCGUCUACAGUCUUCUCGUACCUGCGGCGCGAGCACCGUCGGCCCAGCCCGCCCACAACCUCGCCAUCCCCCGCGGCACACCCUUCAGCUGCUCUGUCCGCUAGCAGUAGCCAUCUCGCGCCGCAACUUCCGCUGCCCGAGUCGUCGUCUUAUUCCCCUAGGCUCUCAAGUACAAAUGGCGAGUCGGGUUCGUGGUUUGAACCGCAGCAGCAACAGCAACAGAAGCAACAACCGUCAGAUUACAAUAGCAACAAUCUUAAGCAUAAUAGUUACGGUGGGAAAGCGGAACAUGGGCCUGAUAUAAAGAGGAAACAGGAUAGUAGCAGCGGUUAUAGCAGUGGUCGUGAAAAUAUUAAUUUAUUAUCAGCUUCGCCGCGCAUUAAUAUACCCCCCCCCGUGGCGCGCCCGCAUUCGGCUGGAAAUGAUUGUUCGAAGAAGACAUCACUAGUGCCUCCUAAUUCUCAAUCUCAACAACAGGCAACAAUGCUGCGGCCGGACCAGCACGAUUCUGCAGUUGUCCACAAUAGCAAACCUAUCUCGCCUUGGAGGCUUACAUUUGGCAAGAAUACACUCUCGGACAACUCGAAGGGGAACAGCGCUGGCGGUGGCAGUGGCAGUGCUGGGGGUUAUUCGCCAGGAAGCCAUAAUAUCACCAGUGCACGGAUGAAACCGUCUCCGCCUGGCUACUCCUGCGUGGAACCCAGCAGCGGCACCCGCACCACCACUACUUUUAUUCCCGGGCGUGAACUGGCCAAGCAUGAAAGCAGCAGCAGCAGCAGCAACCUCACCAACAAUAAUUACUCUCGACGCGAUGCGGGCAGCCACGAUGUCAACCACGAACCGGCCCCAUCUCGAACCGGGAAAACGAGAUUGAAUCUCCUUAACCCCAUGGCUCUUCUAGCACGCCGCCGAUCUGGACAGACACUUACCCCGCGCCUGGACGAUAUAGGCACAAGGAGGCUGGGACUACCUGCGUUGCCAGAUGACUAUGAUCCCAGGAUUCGAGGGAACCUGUUUCACGACUUCUCCGCGCCGCGGCCGAGACCGAACGUGCCUAUGAUGAAACAGCAGGCAGUGAAUAGUCAAGCGGUGAAUGUACAGGAUGCUCAAGGUAAUAGCAAUAAGGAUAAUUAUAAUUAUAAUAAUGCUACUCCGUCUCCUGCCGCUUCGUCGACGGAGAAUUCGGAAAAUCAGAAGCAGGGCUCCCGGGUGAAUAGUGGUGAUGGAAACCACCUUGAGGCUUUGUCGAGUGGGAGAACUCUAUCCUCUACCCGGCCUCAUUCUGCUGUAGAACUCUAUGAUACGCCGUUGCCUUUACGACAAGCAAGCUCAAAAAAGCAGCAGGGCCAGAGGGCCUCGACCUCUUCCGAUAUCAGGUCACCUAGUACAAGAUCCAAAGCCUCAAUAGUCCACGAUGACUCGUUUCAACCUUCAGGUUUACCCCGACAUCUCACGAGCAAUGCGUCACGAUUUAGUUUCGAUAUGGCGAGCGGAGACUCGACAUCCCAGGAGCGGAUUAUGGAGGAAAAGCACAAGCAGAAAGAAGCUGCUAAGAGGGCUAAAGCCCAACUUGAUCGGUCAAAUGAUUCCGACGACGAAGAUUUCGACUACGAUGCCAUGAUGGAUGAUGAUGGGUUGGAGGAGAGGAUCCCCGGCGUGAAUGCCGAUGAUGAUUUUGGUAACGAUGGUUUUGAUGGAUUUACGGGCACGGGACAUGCGUUUAGACCUCACGGGAACCAACUGUUUGUACCCGUAUUACCUCCGGUGAUGUCUAAUCCUAUGAGUCCGCUAGAUUUGGACUCCUCUGCGCCCCGCUCGCCGGAGAAAGACAUUCCAACCCCGCUAGUGAUAAGUCCUAACUCUGCAGUUGCUGGUCCUUCCCUCGGAGCUGGUGGUAUGCCUUCAUCUAACAGUCCACUACCCAGCAACAAUAUGGCUUUCUUUCAGAAUGGAGCAGGUGUUGCGACGAUGUCCGCCGAAUCCUCGCUCCGACAACAACAACAGCAACAACAGCCGCCGCAGCCGCUUCUUAACCAGGGAGUGGAAGAGAAGUCUACCUUUUACGUUGAAAGCGAUGAAGAUGAUUUGUAUUUUGACGAUGGCAUGAUCGAUGAUGUCUUGGGGGAAAUCGAGGGCGAAAAGUUCGACGAGUCUGUUUUCGACGAUGAAACUAGUCAUCUUUACGAAAGGAAGCCGAAGUUCAUUACGCAGCUGCCGACUGUGCCUGGCGGUAUCGGGGAUGCAGCGGAUAACAACCAGCAUGCGGAAGGGCAUGGUAUCAAUAAUGGUGCUAAUGAGGAUAGAAUGGUGCCCCUGGUCGCCCAAAACAGCCUACUGCAACGCAAUAUAUCUAAUGAGAACGGAGGUAUAUGUGGAAUACCAGGGGGUAUAAAGCGGCGGACAAUCCAACCAACCACCAUCCGAGGACUGACUGAGGGCAAUCUGGAGAAAUACCACAGCGCCCUCGCCAAAGCAGCCAACGAAGCCGCUCUGAACGGCCGAUUCGAACGAAGUGGCAGCGUCAGCGAAACAUCAAGUGGUGCAGGCAGCGCCCCACUUUCCCCAGACUCCCACCCAGGCCUGACGGCAGAUGACAGCCGGGUCAGCCAAAACGUCGACUCGAUGGCCUUUGAAGAAGUCUUUGACGACUUUGACUACAACGACGACGACCUCGACGACGACCCGAUAAUCGCUGCCGCCAACGCUGAAGCCCUCGAGAACGACGACGAGGGUUUCUACGGGCAGGAAUUCGGCUUCUACCCACAGUCCCUGGGCAACAACUGCGAUGACCAGAUGGUGCUGGGCGGCUACUUUGGCACGCGCGGCGUCGAGGGCAUCACGAGGAGCCAUAGCGGCCGUGCCAAUUUCCAGGAACCCAGCCUCACGCCCAUUACUGAACGGAGUGAGUGGAGCACGCGCAACUCCAUCAUUUCGUUGACGGCGCAUGCCGCCGCUAGUGCGAAUGCGUCGUUAACAAACCCUCCUCCGCCUCUGGCACAUCUUGGCGAUUUGGGCAGCAUUGAUGACCAGAUGAACGCGCUCAUGAAGCUGAGGCGUGGGGCGUGGGGCGGGAGUAAUGGGAGCUUGCAGAGCAGUGCGGCCAGCCACACUGGUAGCUCUCCUGUCGCGACUAGUAUGGCCGCGGCGGCAUCGAGUCGGGGCAGCUUUGCUAGUUUACACGACGUUUUGGCUGAGCAGGGACGGUGCGGCAGUAGCGGUAAUAAUCUUACUAAUGUUAAUAAUAAUAAUACUAAUCAUAAUUCGAUGUCGGCUGGGUCGCCGGUGGGCAUGGAGAGCAGCAGUUAUAGCGGCGACAGCAGCAAUGUCUCUCAGCAGCACUGUCCUCAUUCGCACCCCCAUCGCAAUCUCCAUCAACAGCAAAACCACCAGCCACUGGAUAAUGAUUUCUCGCCCCUGAUAACCUCUACCAACUACAAUUACAUACCCACGCCGUCUGACAAGGACAAACCCCUCCCUCCACCACCCAAACCCUCCGAACUACAUCAUCAUCAUCAUCAUCAUGGCCACUCCCAUUCCCAUCCGCACCCGCCACUAGAAAUAGACAUUGACAACGGCCCCGUUACCAAUGUCAACGCCAAUGCCAACGCCACCACUCCACCUUACUCCAAGGACGAAAACAACAGCAGCACCACCAGCAACAGCAUCAGCAAGAGCAAAUCCCAGCACAGCCGCGCCAACAGCACAACUGAGAGCAUCAGCUACGUCAAGGAGGCCAAUGAGGCGGGCGGCGAUCGGUGGGUGCUUGAGAGGCGGCGUACGGGUGAGAGCGGGGAGCGCGAGGUUGUAGAGAGGGAGGUUAUGGCCGGUGGGUUGAUAUGAGCAACGAGAAAAGAGAGAGGGAGGAAGGAGGAAGGUGGAAGGGGAGGAAGAACAAGGGAAAGGUUCGUUUGACAAAUUUCUGAGGAGAGAUUAUUUAUCCCAUUUUUCCCUAUUUUUUGGAUAUAUUUGGGAUUUGUUUUAUACAUAUAUAUACCACAGCUAUAUACCAGAGCUCUAGUGACGACGUGCGUUUGUUGGAUAUAGCAGAUUUUGCGUUGUCUUUGUGUUGGAGAUAGUUCACUUCCCCCCUUUAUUUUGUUUUCUUAUCUUAUGUUGACUUGACCUGGCAGGCGUUUUCAUUUUUGAUGUCGCCGUCAUGGUUUUCUUUUUCUUUUCUCUUUUCUCUUUGGUACAUUCUCCCCUUUUUGUUUCAUAUUACAUUUUUACACCCCAUUUUUUUCAACAUACCUCUUCUUCUUGUUUUCUUAUGAUUUAAUGAUACCCACGCAUCUCCUUGAGCUUGAGCUAGCGAGAUGAAACACAGGAGGGAGGUGGAGCAGAGGAAGAGGAAGAGACGUCAUGGGACGAGGAGUUGGGAUACUUUCGUAACCAAUAACUAUCUAUGCCCCAUUCUUGUUGUUUUCUUGAACUGUUUCUACAUUUAAUCCCCUAACUUAACCUUCCCCCUUCCCCCAGCUAAUUAUGCAGAAUAAUAUAAAUAAUAAUGCUCAAUCCGAGAUCGAUUCCCCCACAAAAUUCAUCCCCACACUCUCCCUCCCAGCUAGGUAAAGUCCAGUAGUACAUUCUCCGUACGAAACCCAGAAUCAGCCAUGGCCCUCGCGGGUGUAAAACACCGGGCCGCGUCGUGAGGUAGAGAGUCCGUCCGAG